CACAACCUCCAUUAUCAAACUUUAGCACUUAUUUUUUCCUAUAAAUUUGUUGCUCAUUCUCUGAAAUUUUUUCAGAACCAUCGUAUAAAUGUGUGAUGAUCUUUAUAGCUCAGAUAAAAUUCUCAGCUAGUAAAUGGCUUCUUUGGUUUUUCAGAGUACUCUGAAUCAUGGGCUCUUCCGCUCUCAGAUAGAAUCCCGGGAAGCCCAUAAAUCAUGGUUUUGUCAAAGUUCUAGGGAUUUUAAAUUGAAAAAGCCCAAUAAUAGAAAAUACGCUGGUGGAGUGAGAGUAUUUUCUUGCCUUGUCACUGACUCUAGAGAAAAUACUUCUUCUUUGAAGAAUCUGGUGGAUAAUACAGGGUUGGGGAUUGGUGGAGGGAGCAGGGAAGUUAUAGAAGCUGAAGGGAAGUAUUUUGUGAGGAAUUAUGCUAGGUUCCCUGUUGUAUUUGUGAGGGGACAAGGAUGCAAAUUGUAUGAUGUGGAGGGAAGAGAGUAUUUGGAUUUGACUGCUGGCAUUGCAGUGAAUGCCCUUGGCCAUGCGGACCCUGCUUGGGUGAAAGCAGUUACAGAACAAGCAGCUACACUCACUCAUGUCGCUAAUCCUUUCCAUACAGUGCCACAGGUGAAGCUGGCAAAGCGUCUUAUAGAAUCAUCAUUUGCUGACAGGAUUUUCUUUGCAAACUCUGGUACUGAAGCCAAUGAAGCAGCAAUCAAAUUUGCAAGGAUAUACCAAAAGACCGCGAGACCAACCAAAGGAAAACAUGCUACAGAAUUUCUUUCUUUCACAAAUAGCUUCCAUGGAAGAACAAUGGGAACCCUUGCUUUAACCAGCAAAGAGAAGUACAGGACUCCCUUUGAACCAGUCAUGCCUGGGGUGACAUUUGUGGAAUUUGGAAAUGUGGAAGCAACAAAAGCAAUAAUUCAGCUUGGCAAAACAGCAGCCAUUUUUGUUGAACCUGUUCAGGGAGAAGGAGGAAUAUACAGUGCUACAAAUGAAUUUCUGAAAGAAUUACGUUCUCUUUGCAAUGAUGCAGGUGCCUUGCUUGUUUUUGACGAGAUUCAAUGUGGGCUGGGCCGAACAGGACAGCUUUGGGCACAUCAAGCAUAUGAUGUGCAGCCAGACAUAAUGACUUUGGCAAAGCCAUUGGCAGGAGGUUUGCCCAUUGGUGCUGUUCUUGUAACAGAAGAGGUGGCUGCAGCUAUAGGUCCUGGUGAUCAUGGAAGUACUUUUGCUGGUGGGCCUCUUGUUUGCCAUGCUGCUCUUGCAGUGUUGGAUAGAAUUCAAGAAACUGGGUUCCUGGAAAGCGUAGCUAGGAAAGGGCAGUAUUUAAAAGACUUGCUAACCAAAAAGCUGGCGAACAAUGUUCAUGUGAAAGAAAUCCGUGGUUCAGGCCUGCUUGUAGGUAUUGAGCUUGAUGUCUCUGCUUCACCUCUAGCUGAUGCCGCUCUACGUGCUGGUCUCCUGAUUCUAACCGCUGGUAAAGGAAAUAUUGUUAGGCUUGUUCCGCCUCUUAUUAUUUCAGAAGAAGAGUUGGAAAAGGCAGUGGACAUUCUAUCGAAAAUUAUUAAGGUUCUUGAUGAAAUUACACCAUGAAAGUGAAUUGUAAGCAAGUUCCCAAAGGACAUGCAGAGUUCCCAAAGUUGUGGAAUUAAUAUCUUGUUAUUUGAUGCUCAUAUAUAUCAAUGCAAUAAAGUAUAUUAGUUCUGCUA